GAAAAUUUAAUAGGCUUUUGGUGAUUAAUCUCAUAUCAUCUUCGAGCUUCGACGCCGUUUUCCAGCAAACAGCCAGAACAUCGAGCAUUCGUAAAAUAGUACUGCUUUGUGCUUGCUAAAAGGCCUAAAAGAAAGGUUUUGAUUCGCUUGUGGCUUUUUUUCUCGUUGUUGUUGGGUUAACUUUGGGUUUUAUCACUUACUAUCUCCCUCUCUUUGUCUCAUGGUGAGUUUACAUUCUUUGCUCUGUAAUCAAAUUCAAUGCUUUCUUAGUUAGGAAUCAACCUUCGGAAUUUAUUUUUUGGUGGUUUAGGCUCUUUCACGGCGGUGCUCGUUAAAUUCCCAGAAAAAGAAAGAAGAAUCCCAUGGUCUUUGAGGAUUAGGGUUUUGCGUAUUUCUCUCACGUUUCUCUUUUUGAUAUCUCACUUAAGCUGCCUGGAAGCAGAAAAAGCUCGAAGUUUUGAAAUUAGUUUGGGGGUACUUUUUGUAUUUUUGAAUUUUUGAGGGGAAAAGAUGGAUGAAGAGAAAGAAGGGGAUCAGUUCCAUACGAAUGAAGCAAUCUCGGCUGUUGCUGAUGUGAGUUUUUUAGGUGAAGACGACGAAGAUUUUGAAGACCUUUACAAUGAUGUUAAUGUUGGUGAAGGGUUUCUUCAAUCUUUGAGAAGAAACGACAAUGUAGGGUUUAGAAAUGAAGAAACUAAGAAUAGUUCUAAUAUUAACAGUGGUGGGAAAGUUAGUGGAUCACCAAUAGGUGCUCCAGAAUCUGGUGUUUCACUUCCGGGGGUUGCAGGUGGUGGUGAUAGUGGGGAUUCCAGAGUUUCUUAUGAGAGUCAAGGGUUUAGGGGUGUUGGUGCUGUUGAUGAUGUCAAAGGACCUAGUCCGGGCAUUGGUGGGGGUGGGCUUAGGGUUGAAUUAGCUCAGGCUCCGAGUAAAUUGAAUGAGGUUGCUGUGGAGCAGAGUGGGAAUAAGAAUAGUGGUUUAGGUAGUGUAGGUGGUAUGGGACAUCAGGGAUAUGGUGUAGGGAAUGUGGGGGGUGUUGAGAAUGAAGAUUUGGUGAGACAAGGAGUAGUAGGAGGUGCUGGUGUGAAUGGCCUUGGUGGCAGUGGUGGUGGUCCUAUAAUUGCGAAUGGAGGUGGAAAUUUGGGUGUUGCUGGUGCUGGCCCUGGAGUUGGAGCAAAUGGUGGUGCAGGUGGAGGUGGUGGGACAAUAUUGUUUGUUGGAGAUUUGCAUUGGUGGACAACAGAUGCUGAAUUAGAGUCCGAGUUGUGCAAGUACGGGCCCAUCAAGGAAGUAAAGCUUUUCGACGAGAAAGCAAGUGGGAAGUCGAAAGGGUAUUGUCAGGUUGAGUUUUAUGAUCCAUCCGCAGCCACAGCUUGUAAGGAGGGAAUGAAUGGGCACAUGUUUAACGGAAGGCCUUGUGUUGUUGCCUUUGCAUCUCCCUUUACUGUUAAGAAAAUGGGAGAGGCUCAGUUAAAUAGGAAUCAGCAGAUGGCACAGUCUGCUCUCUUGCAAGCAAAGAGGGGUCCUAAUGAUGUGGCUGGUAAGACUGGUGUCAAUAAUAUUCAAUCUGGUGGGAAUUUCCAAGGUGGGGAUAAUAAUAAAGGUUAUGGUAGAGGGAAUUGGGGAAGAAGCUAUGCACAGGGAUUGGGAGGUAGAGGGCCAGGUGGUCCUAUGAGGAACAGGGGUGGUAGAGGUAUCAUGGGAAAUGGUGGAAAUGGAUUCGGGCAGGGAAUGGGUGGGACACCUCCUCUCAUGCACCCGCAGUCAAUGAUGGGUCAAGGUUUUGAUCCUGCUUUUGGUGGCCCCAUGGGAAGAAUGGGCAGUUAUGGAGGCUAUCCUGGUUGUCCAGUGCCUCCGUUUUCAGGGAUUUUACCUUCAUUCCCUCCUGCUGGAGGAGUUGGUUUUCCUGGAGUGGCUCCUCAUGUUAACCCUGCAUUUUUUGGAAGAGGUAUGCCCAUGAAUGGUAUGGGGAUGAUGCCCUCAGGUUGUGUAGAUGGGCCUAAUAUGGGAAUGUGGUCAGAUCCUAGCGUGGGAGGAUGGGGUGGUGCUGAGCAUGGUGUUGGGAGAGCUGGAGAGUCAAGCUAUGGGGAGGAAGCUACGUCUGAUCAUCAAUAUAGUGAGGUUAGUCAUGACAAAGGAGUUUGGAAAAAUCCAGCUAAAGAAAAAGAUAGAACAUCAGAAAGAGAGUGGUCUGGUUCAUCCGAAAGAAGGCAGCGUGAUGAUAAAGAACCAGGAUAUGAUAGGGACGUACCUAGGGAGAAGGAAAUGGGCCAUGGUCAUGAUUGGCCUGAAAGAAGGCACCGGGAUGAUAGAGACAUUGGUCGAGAACAUGAUAGGGAGCGAUCUCGAGAUCGUGACCGUGAUCGUGAUAGGGAACGUGAUCGGGAGAGGGAUAGAUAUAGGGAAGACCGAGACAGAUAUGCAGAUAAUCGUAGGUACAGGGACCGUGAGCCAGAGCAUGAUGAUGAUAGGGACCAGGGGCGGUCGUCAAGGACACACAGCAAGUUCCGAUUACCACAGGAAGAUGGGCAUCGCUCUAGAUCUAGAGAUGCUGAUUACAGGAAGAGGCCACGGCUUACCUUAGGGUGACUUACCUGAAGCCUCUUAUAUCUAAGUUCUGUUAGAAAUUAAGGGCAAAAACAUUUAGUUCAUCAUUCUCUUUUGGUGUCUUUCUCAACUGGCGGUGUUGCGGUCAUGAAUUCAUAGCCAUUCGUAGUUCAAUGCCUCAAUUUGUCGAUUGCUGCUCUUUUGAGUAGGUCUCAAUCUCUUAUGAAACAAGUAAGUUCCUCAACCACAUUUUUCUUAUCAUAUUAUCCGAGUAUCUUAGUAUCCAUGAAAAUGUCCAUCCAUGUUUUAUUUGCCUGAACGUUCAGAAUUGUGUAACACUGGUUUUAAUGUGCAUGCAGUACACAUAAAUUUCUCUAUUUACAUACAUGUGUUAAAUCGCUGAUCUCAAAAUGCUGGGAGUAGGGUAGCUAAUAUUUGUGUAAUGACUGUCUAUAGUAAAUUUUCUGCUAUACAUGGUACAUGCUAGUUAGACAUACUCCGACUUUCCUGUCUUAGAUGACCGUCCAC